AUGAUGCAACGUCGCAUGCUAUCAAAAGAAGACGAAGUCGCCGCCGGCGACGACACCGAGGUGCGCCGCGAAGACCAAGAAAAGAUCAACCGCUUCAGUCGGCUGCACCAGCGACAAACCGUUCUGGAAGGACAGUUGAAAGCAAAGCUGGUGCGUGCAUCUGAAACCAUGGACGUGCAACUGCACUCUCUAUAUUGCAAUUCUAAUACCCCCCAGAAAGAUAAAGAAGACCUCGAGGAGAUCUCCACGGAGCUGGAACUCGCCGACGAGGAUGAAUUAGUCCCGUACAAAAUCGGCGACGCCUUCGUCCAGCUCCCCCUGACGGAAGCCCAGGAGCUUCUCGCAGACUCUACCCAGCAGAUCGAUGCAGAAGUGUCGUCGCUGGAGGACAAGAUGAGCGAGCUGCGCGAUGAGCUGCAGGGGCUCAAGGUUGCGCUGUACGCGCGCUUCGGGCGGAGUAUUAACCUGGAGACUUGA